GGGGCUGGUGGCGUCCUGGGGGGGAUUCGGGUGCUGCAAAACAACAUCAGCGCCCCUCCGGGAGCCCCUCAGCCCCAGCGGCGGAGGGGAAGAGGCAGCAGGACCUCCCUGCGCGGCCGGAUCCCGCUGCGGGACCCCCCGUGCUGGGCAUCCCCGAGGGCCGGGACCCCCGCGGGGGUCUCCGCUCCACGAUCGGGGUCUUCUGAGGGGUUCGGGGGGGCAGAGCGGUGGGUGUUGGAUGCGGGGGGGCACCCAGCACCCCUGGGCGCCAUGCGCACCCGCAGCCCGGAGCUGAAGGGGUUACAGUGGCGGGGUGCCCGUGUCCCUCGGGGUGUCCCUGGUGCCGAGCAGAGCGGGCAGGAUGGUCCCGGGGAGCGCAGGGGCCGAGCCGCCCCCCGGCCGGUACCUCCGCGAUGAGGGCAGCGGGACGCUCUACAGGCGGGGACGGCUCCUGGGAGAGGGCGCCUUCGGCCGCUGCUACCAGGUGACAGAGGUGACCAGCGGCCGGCUCUACGCGGCGAAGGUCAUCCCGCGAGCCCGGCUGGCUGUCCCGGGCGUCGCGGACAGGGUGGAGCGGGAGCGGGAGCUGCAGUGUCACCUGCGCCACCCGCACAUCGUGCGCCUGCACGGGCACUUCGCCGAGCGCGGCCACCUCUGCCUGCUGCUGGAGCUCUGCAGCCGGGGGUCCCUGGCCGACAUCCUGCGGGCUCGGGGCCGCCUGACGGAGCCGGAGCUCCGGUACUACCUGCGGCAGCUGCUCUCGGGGCUGCGCUACCUGCACGGCCACGGCCUCGUGCACCGCGACCUCAAGCUGAGUAACUUCUUGGUGACGGAGCGGAUGCGGGUGAAGAUCGGGGACCUGGGGCUGGCGCGGCCGGCGGCGCCGCCCGGGCGGCGCUGGGGGGCACUCUGUGGGACACCCGCGUACCUGGCCCCGGAGGUGCUGGAGCGCAGGGGACACGCGGAGCCCGCGGAUAUCUGGGCCCUGGGCUGCGCCGUGGAGCCCGGGGACCCUCCCGGCCUGUCCCCCCACCCCAGGUACACGGCGCUGAGCGGCCACGCCCCGUUCGAGGCUCGGCGCCGUUCGGAGCUCUACCGGCGCAUCCGCAGCGCCCGGUACCCGCCGCCCCCGGGGCUGUCGCCCCCUGCCCGCGCCCUCAUCGCCCGCAUGCUGCACCCCGAGCCCGCGGCACGGCCCGGCCCGGCCCGCCUGCUGCGCCACCCCUUCCUCACCCAGGUGCGGGGCUGCGUGAGGGGACACGCGGGGACACCAGGGACACGGGGGGGUCACCGCCUGUCGCUCCCCAGGGCUUCACACCCCGCACGCUGCCACCCCGCGCCUGCCACGCCGCGCCCAUCUUCGUGGGACCCGAGAGGCUGCGCUGGGUCCUGCGGGGGUGUGGCUGUGUCACUGUCGCUGUCACCCCUGCGGGUGGCCGUGCCCCUCCCCAGAGGAGCCGAGGCCGAAGAUCCGCGGAGGAAAACCUUUAUUAGUGCUGGGAACCGUCUAAAAUCCAGUCAUGGAAACAAGCGGGGUGGGACGUGACCGGUACAACGGCACACAC